UUCUUUUCUUUCUUUUUUUUUCAGACCAUGAAGCUCGUCCGCUUUCUGAUGCGACUCGUCUCUGAGACGGUCAUUGUGGAGCUCAAGAACGGAACAGUCGUCCAAGGAACGAUCGUUGGCGUCGAUCACUUGAUGAACACAAUGCUGCGAAACGUCAAACUCACGGUCAAGAACAAGGACCCCGUCUCGCUCGAGACACUCAGCAUACGAGGAAACAACAUUCGACACUACAUUUUGCCAGACUCAUUGCCACUGGACUCGCUGCUCAUUGAGGAAGUCCCCAAGAAAUCCACCAAGAAGCGAGAAACCAUCGCGCUUGGUCGUGGCCGUGGUCGCGGGCGCGGCAUGCGAGGCCGUGGCCGUGGUAUUGGCGCUCGAGGUGGCGGCGGUGGCGGCCGUAUGGCUCCUGGUGCUCGGCGCUAAAAAAGAAUCCCGCGCUGGCUGCAUGGCGUGGUUGCUUUUGUUGCUCGUCAACUGAGCCGAGUGUGGUGGUGGAAGUUCGAUCGACCGGGCCUCAAUUCGGCGCGGCGGAUGGGAAUAAUUUAGCUCAUUUCUUUCUCGUUGUUAUUGUUGUUAUCGUUUUCGAGUGAACGAUGUGUCUGUUGAGGAAAAGAAAAGAAAAAAAAACAUACUUUUUUUUGCUACAA